AUGAAUUCUGAGUCAGGUUUCCUGCAACAUUCUCCAGUGGGAUCUCUACUUUACUCUCUAGGAGGCUCUCCUCAUUCAUCCCUUGGGGGCUCCAUUCAUUCCUCACCCUCUGGCUCAAUCAGCUCGGGCGAUAUUGGACGUGUCCUGUCUUCGAAUGUUCAGCGACUGCAUGGAGCAUUAAACCGGUUACUAAGUGACCACGAAAGAGAACAGCUUCUUCACUGUCUGCGCCUCUACCACUCUCGCAGGAAUGUGUGUGAUCUUGUGAGGACCCUGCGUCUCAUACUUCGACCCCAACACCAGAGGCUUCUCUUCCCCAUGCUACGUCUGGUUAUCCCCCGUUCUGAUCAAUUGCUAUUUGAUCAGUACACAUCUGAGGGGCUUUAUCUAAAGGAUUUGUCUUCAGAACCAUCUGGUUACAUUGCUGCUCUGUCUGAGGAAAGUUCACGAUUUAGCACCCCAAUACCACAUACAGCUUCAACCUUCAGCACCCCACUACUGGGGGCAGCUACUCCUUUCAGCACCAUACUCUCUGGGACAGCUCCCUUAUUCAGUAGUUCAGUGUCAGGGACAGCUCCCACGUUCAGCUCUUCUGUACCUGGAACAGUUUCUUCCUUCAGUGCUACAGUACCAGUAACAGCUCCUGCCUUUAGCUCUCAAACACAUGGAACAUCAUUAGGCUCUUUAGAGUCAUACUCAGGAGUACAACCAGGGAUCAGCAACCCUUCACCCAAAGCUAACACUACUGACGUACGUCAGGUAACCCUUAAAAGAAACAAGGGCCAGGAGGGUCUUGGGUUCAGCAUCCGAGGAGGUGUGGAGCAUGGCAUAGGCAUAUAUGUGUCCCUGGUGGAACCUGGUUCUCUAGCAGAAGCAGAAGGACUGAGAGUCGGGGAUCAGAUCCUGAAAGCCAAUGGCCGAUCUCUAGACAAAGUGAGCCACGGUGAAGCAGUAAAGGCUCUUCGCGGCUCUCAGAAGCUGGUCCUUUCAGUACAGUCAUCAGGACGAAUCCCUGGGGGCCACGUAUCCAGUCACAUAUUCACCUGGGUGGACCCACAGGGCCGCAGUGUCUCCCCGCCGGGAAGACCUCAACUGACACACAGCCCUACAGUAGGUGCCCCUGAGCAGGAUAAGAGGAGUCAUCUCCAGCUGCUGGAGGAUGGUGAUGAGAGAAAAGUGAACUUGCUCCUUGGAGAGGGUAGAUCCCUUGGACUGUUGAUCCGUGGGGGCUAUGAAUAUUCCUUAGGGAUUUAUAUUACAGGAGUGGACCAAGGUUCCGAGGCUGAGAGUGCUGGACUGAAGGUGGGAGAUCAGAUUCUGGAAGUGAAUGGACUCAGCUUCCUGUCCAUCCCACAUGAUGAAGCAGUCCGUAUUCUUCGCUCCUCUCGCCACCUCAUGAUGACGGUGAGAGACGUUGGUCGCAUACCUCAUGCUCGGACAGUUGUUGAUGAGACUCAGUGGCUGAGCAGCUCUCACACUAGCAAUCCCGUCCUUACCAAGGGGGCUUCAUGGGACUCCUUGUCUGACAAACAGAUGAAGCCUCUGUUCUAUCGGGGGCCUGCAGGGUCACAGGUCACACUGAGCAGUCUGGGUAAUCAGAACUUAGCACUGCUGGAGGAACGAGCCAGACUGCUUCUCACUGAGCCCGAGAGGAGCACUAUGUCCUACUAUCUGCAGCAAUACAGAGAAAGGCACAUCCCAGUAAACGCACUCACUAUGGCCUUGUUUGAGCUUCUCAACACUCAAGCCAAGUUCUCACUUCUGUCUGAGCUACGGCCUCUCAUUUCCCCACAAGAUUUGGUCACAUUUGACAAUUUGGUUUUGAAGAGAGAGAUUGAAUCCAUGAAACUGCGACAUCGCCAUGGAGACACCAUAUCUGUAGUGUCCCACAGUCCAAGUACCUCGUCAUCCGAGAGUCACCAAACCGUCAGCACUGCCAGAGAGCGUCUCCUAUGGCUGCUGGAUGUAAUGGAGAAUGGAGCAGAUCCUCAGAAAAGUGUUACUCAGACCACACUACCUGAUAUCGCCCUGGAUGAUAUCACAUCACUACUAGAAGACUCUCCAUCUUUCUGUCCAACUUCCCCUAGUGAAGAACUUUAUUUACACUGCCGAAGUCAAGGAGGUGAGCGGAUUUUGCGACCCUCAUCUGGAUCCUCCCAAUCAGGGCUGUUCUUCACAGCACCGUCAAACCCAAGCCCCCCACUUCCCCCUCUAAGCACACCUCCAGCCUCUCCACAAACCAAGGACAUUCAUGAAGGGUCCAACACCAGCAACGCAAGAAAAACACAGACCUCCUCUACCCCUGCACCCCAGCUGGCUCUGGUCACACAACUACCAAUCACUCCUUUCCCAAGAGUGCAGUCACCUACCAGGUUAAAAAACAUGGCUGAGAGCCCACCACCUGCGCCCUUGGAACCUCCAGUCAGCCAGCAUUUUGUGAUGGUAGAAGUUCAUCAGCCCAAUAGUGAACCUGAUGUCAAUGAAAUUCGAGCUGUGCCCCAAGUACGAGCCUCACUCUCUCAGCUCUCCGAUAGUGGUCAGACUCUCAGCGAAGACAGCGGCGUAGACACCGGAGAUAUAGGCGCAGGCAGUAAGGAAAGCAGCCCCCAGCCCCAGAAGACCAAGGGCUCAGAAGCAUCAGCUAAACCGCCCGGUCUGUUACAGCCCAUGGCAAGUCUCGUGCGUGUGAUGAAAACCGCACCCACGUUAGGAAUAGCCAUAGAAGGAGGAGCCAAGACACGCCAACCGCUGCCUCGUAUUGUAACUAUACAGCGAGGUGGUUCCGCACAUAACUGCAGCAAGCUGAGAGUUGGGCAGGUGAUCUUAGAGGUGAAUGGGUUGUCCCUACAGGGGAAAGAAACUCGGGAAGCUGCCAGGAUUAUUGCUGAAGCCUUUAAGUCUAAAGAGAAGGACUUGGACUUUCUAGUUACAGAGUUCAACGUCUCAUUAUAG